AUGAUUCGAUAUCGCAACGACGGUCACGUCACACUCGGCCCCUUCAAUUCAAUCGUGAAUCUAGAAUUGGAUCUCACCGGCGACGAUGACGAGCCGCACCCCAAGGAAGGAUCGCAGCGCAAGCCCACUCAGCGCUUUGCCUCUUGCCCAUCCUCGUUUGGCUUGGCUAGAGUGACGACUGGCGCUGUGCCCAAGCGCACUAUCAAUUUCUUGACGUGGCAGGUGCCUCAGAUCCAGUACACCGCUGCAAAUGCCGGACGCUUUGAAUCCUUGGCUUUUGUCGAGCUCCGUGAUGAACGCAACAACGAGUCCUUUGUGUACACGUUCAGACUGUCUCGAUACAUUCUCUCCAUCGCAUCCAACCUCUUUUCCGUCUGUCGUCUGCCUCGCACAUUUUGCUCACGCAAACUUCAACAUGCUUCGAAGAUUUCGCUGUAUGAGUCGUUAAGUGUCAUGCACUACGAACGCAAAUUCGUACAGCACGAGCGAGCCGCUUUGGGCGAAGUCAUGGUUGAGUAUUCAGAACGUACGGUUCAGGGCUGGGGAGUCUUCAUGGCUGACGGUUCAGCUCACUGCCACGCAGAAGCGACCACCGGGACAGCAUUGCGGGGACAGGCAGCCAUUGCGUCGCGUGUGCUAGACUAG